AUGUCCUCCCAGCAGAGCAUGCCUUCCGCCAAGGGCUUUUCCAAGGGCGCUUCCCAGGGCCCCUCCCCGUGUCCCGCUCCAGCGCCCGCCCCGGUGCCCUCCCGGGCUUCUGCCUCAUCCUCCUGCUGCGGCUGCUGCGGAGGCGACUCCGGCUGCUGCGGAGGCGACUCCGGCUGCUGCGGGGACUCGGGCUGCUGCGGCUCGGUGUCCACGGGCUGCUGCUGCUUUCCAAUGAGGCGCCGCCGGCAGCGCAGGAGCGGCUGCGGCUGCUGCGGAGGCAGCCAGAGGUCGCAGUGCUCCGGCAACACCCAGAGCCAGGGCUGCUGCGGCAGCUGCUGA